GUCCGCGCAGCGCAUCGUGAAGGAAGCUCGGCCGGCUCUCCGCGAGGCUUCGUCGCCGACGAGUGAAUACCUCCCGCCGGCGGAUCGUCCGCCGUGACUCGUGGAACGCUUGCGCGCUGACCGUGUGAUGCAACGUGGCCCCGAUACGACGCUUCGCCUCCUGCCAUGAUGAGGGCUCUUCAUCGCGGACCGCCUUCAGCGUUGCUCGAUUGACGUGUUGCUCACAGGACUCAGUGAGGGGCGCGCCCGAUAAGCUGGCCGUCUCUCUAUUCCGACCACCGUGACGUCGGGUGACGCGCCGCAGCUACCGCGGCGCUGUUGUCACUCUCCUUAUCGUACCUCUUUCGACUGGUCCCGACGGCAGUGUAUUGUUUACUUAUCGUCGUGUCCGCGCGUGCAUUGCCGGAACUGCUACGGCACGACGCCUGAUCUGGUAUCGCCACUUCGAGAAAAGGAGGCUCGCGUUGGCAGGCGCAGUUGAUAUCAUUCGUCGUGUGACAAUACAUUGAACACCCAGGUCUUGCUGUGCACCGAUAGACUUUUUGUGCCGCGUUCGAGAAAUGGAUAGAACGACGGGGUUUUUAUGACCCUUCCCAUCGACUGACACAACUGUUGGGUGCAUCACGGCCUGGGCGUGGUUCCUGCACUUUUUUGUCUGUUCACCGCAAACGCUUCGUGGUGACGAGUGUCGGGGUUGAAGUUCUCCCUGUCGGACAUCUGGUUUCUACGGCAGAGCGCGGAGGCUAUCAUCGCUGCUUCUAAGUUCCGUGCGACCGUCCAAGGCUGUCCUCGGACAACGCAUCUGCCAGCGGUGCUCCGCCAUGGUGGGCCUGGCGAAGACGUCUUCCUCGGCCGGCUUGUCGGCAUCCCGAGCCGACCUGUUCCGCACCGUCUCAUCGGCCGGUGCCGCCGCGCUCAUGGGCGGCGGAGGCACCGGAGUCCACUAUCUCGUCGAGCUCUGGAGAAACGAUCAAUAUGACAAGAUAUCCCAGCACACUCAUCAGGGCCUGCAGUUUCUAGAGAACUUUAGUCAAUUCAUCAAGGACCGUUCGACAAUCGAGACGGACUACGCUGCGCGACUCAGGAAGCUUGCAAAGAGCUAUCAACCCAAGAAGAAAGAUGAUGAGGACAAUGGUUACACGUCAUCAAAGGCAUUCUGCUUGGUCUUGAAUGAAAUCAACGACAUUGCUGGUCAGCAUGAACUCAUCGCAGAGAACCUCUCUACGAGCAUAAACAGGGAAGUGGCCACACUCAUCAAGGAGCUUAAAGAGGAACGCAAGAGGCUUUUGUCUGAGGGCUCCAAACUGCAGACAGCUCUGCAGAAUUCUGUAACAUCUCUUGACAAGAGUAAAAAAUACUAUGAGAAGAUGUUCAGAGAAGCUGAAAAGGCUCAAGAGGCAUUUGCUAAGGCCGACGCUGACCUCCAGCUCUCCAGGGCAGACUUGGAAAAGGCAAAGCAAAACUCGCUGGCUAAAAACAAAGCUUGCGAGGACUCAAAAACGGAUUACGCAAAUCAGCUACAGAAGACAAACCUGCUCCAACGAAAGCAUUAUACUGAACUCAUGCCAAAAGUGUUUGAGCAACUGCAGAGCUUAGACGAACGCAGAACGGCAUCUCUACAGAACUACAUAAAGAAGGCAGCAGAGAUUCACAGAGAAGUCAUUCCUAUCAUUAUCAAGUGUCUAGACGGAAUCGUAGUAGCGGCCGACUCCAUAGACCCAAAAAAGGAUGCUGAAACAGUGGUGGAGAAGUACAAGUCCGGCUUUGUGCCAGCUGACGAUUUUCCUUUUGAGGACCUGAGUGUAACGCGCAACUGUGACUCGAGCAGCACGACAGGCAGCACAGUGAACUCAUCGUUCCGAGGCACGGGGGACACAGUUCGGGGCACCAUCUCCACUGGCAAAAAGAAGCGGUCAGGCCUGUUUGGAAUUUUCAGCUCAAACAAGUAUCUCAACAAACUGGGAACCGGUCACUGCCUGAACAACAUUGAUGAAUUCAAGGAUGACUACAGCAAUCUGCCUCCAAAUCAGCGGAGAAAAAAGCUGCUGCAGGAGCUGGACAAGACACGAACACAGAUCAACACACUGACGCAAGCUAGAGAGGGCCUCUACAAGCUGAAGGGUUCAUAUGAACAGAAUGCAGCUCUGGGAGACCCUCAGACUAUCCAGGGAGAGAUAAAUGACAUUGGUGCCAAGCUUGAGAAGCUUCAAACAGAUUUGGAGAAGUAUCAGAACUACCUGACGGAGGUAGACAGCCAGAUGGCAACUCCAGAUACACAGAAGCGCUACCGUAACAGCUUCUCGGAAGGCUCAUUGUCGCGCAGUGCCUCCGAGUCUAGCGUCUCCAACAACCACCAGAACAAUAACAAAGGACCUCCAACACCCAUAACAGCGCAUAACAACAGCACGGCCUGCCGUCCGGAAAGUGGUCUUGGAACAAGUCAUACAAGCAUCCCUGAUGACGACGGGGACUUUGAAGAGAAUGGCUAUGAAGUGGACUCAUUUGAGGCGGAACUCUUGCCACCUCUUGGUCGGGCGGUGGCCAUCUACGCUUUCGAUGCCCAGAGUGAGGGCUCCAUCCCAAUGGAGGAAGGGGAGGAGUUCCUAGUGGUGGAAGUAGACCAAGGAGACGGGUGGACACGGGUGCGGCGAGAAAACCUCGAGGAGGGCUUUGUUCCCACCUCCUACCUCGAGUGCACUAUGUUCAACAGCUGCUAGCCCUCCUUUUCUACUCUUCUGCCAGUCUAUAUAGGCAUGGUCCAUUGUUGGUUCUUUUGUGCAUUCCUCUUCGCCAGAUAUGGAUCAGACAGGGAAGAGUGGCUCUGAACAGCAGAAGGCGCUGCCGAAAGGAAAGGUGGAAGCCACAGCUUCAACACUCUCAGUAUUCCCUUCAUUUGUGGUACCAGUGGCCACGUAGGGAUGCCAGCACUUUAAUUUAUCGCCUGCCGCUGCACAGGUAGAGAGGGAAAGAGAAAAAAAGUGAUGGGGGGGGGGGGGGGCAGAAAUGCACUUGUAGCUGAUCCUUCUCUUUAGUCACAUGCUCAUGUAGGGAGAAGGCUGAUAGUGCCGAAAUUGUAUUGAGCGUUUGUAUAUCUACUAGUUCAUAUCUGUGUGUAUGUAUUGUGUGCGUGUGUGUGCAUGUGUGACUAUGGACAGAAAUGGAGAAAUGUGAGGCUUUGUAUGAAGUGUUUACAUGGCUGCAUUUGAGUUCACUUAGGAACAAAAAAAAAAAAAAAAACUUAAGGCCUGCAUAUUUAAAUGCUUUCUUUGGGAGCACCUUGCUUUAUUUUUAGGGAGGGAGAAGGAGGAUGUCUGUUGCAGUUGUAUGUUGGUUUCCGUGAGGCCAAGAAAGGUGACAUGGUGCUUGCCCCAAUCCCCGCUACUACUAGUAAUAAUGCAUGAGACAGUUCUCUAGAAAUGGUCCAAACCGUGUGCUCCCAUCUGGGUUAUGCUAAAUUGUAAGGAGUUGAGAGCAUGCAUUGUUUCAUCUUUCUUCUUGACUUGUGCAGUCAGCAUUUGAGGCGGUCAGUGAAUUUCAGUGUUGCCACUAAUGACACUGUGAGCAGACUUGCUGAAGUAAGUGCAUUGCAGCAGCAUGUGACACAUAAAGCAGCACCACCUGAAAUUUCAAACGUCCUCUCCUGAGGUCACUAAUUGAGAAUGUGCGACCCAAGUGGUACACUUGGCGGUGCCUUGUAUGCUUUCUUUUUUGUCUAUUUAUAUUGAAAAUGGCAUUAGGUUAUACUGGUUUUAAAACUUGUCUGCAGCUGGCCAUUUGUCUCUACCUUAUACAGUAGUGAGAAAUGACAACUUCCUUUUGGAUGCUUACUGCGAAACUGCCCGUCUAUGGCCACGUACUGUUAGUGGCUUUUCUAUCACUGCUAAAAUGAGGCAGUAGCAAUUUCCUUAUUGUUUCACAAGAAUUGUCGAUAGUAACACUAACACUAUUGUCAGAUGGUGGUCAAGGGUGUCUGCACAGGCCCAAUGAGUUCCGUUCAUUUGGCCACUUUCGGGUAUGUUCAUGUUGAGAAGAACCAAGAGUUGCGCUUCUAGCAGACUAUAAGGAGUAGCCUCUCACUGUAAUGAUAAAGACUUCCGAGAUGCAGGAAUUCCUCGUUAUAUUGAAGAGGUUGCGUUGAAGAGAAACAUUUUGACUACAUUGUUCCGUAGAACUUUCUAUACUCAAAUACUGGUGAAGUUGCGCUACCUUCAAGCUGAAGGGGCCUGCAGUGCAUCAGGUGGGAUGUCGCUGAUUUAGCCGAAGUCAAAAGCAAGCGGCAUUAGGAGCAACACCAGCUCAGCCGUGCGUGCGCAAGGUUCACAUCAUGCUUUUACAAGCACUACGCUUGGCUUCACUCAAUAUGCCUAGGUUUUGGGAAACCCAACUGCUGACACUUGUUACUCAAAUGCUUUACUGAGGUGCUGGAAGCAGGCGAAAAACAUUUGCACCGCUGUUGAACUCUCUUUUGUGAAACUCUUUCUAUUUUUGACAUUGACUGUAUUAUGUGCAAAUUCAAAGGUUAUUUUUUCCAUGUGCUUUAAAAGCACAAAACUGUUUUGCUACUGUGCCCAACCAGCUGCAAGGCUUGCAGUCCAUCUGGUAUGUGUGUGUAUGCUAGUGUUGUGUGUGCAUUAGUUGUGUGAGAAGGUACUCUCCCUGCGCUGAAAUAUGUGCGUGCCAUACACAUACGAAGAUGGUGGUAGUACACUUCACGAGAACUGCAGUGGCAGUUGUGCAUGGUUGUUGUAGUGCGCUGGGUGGCUGCCUGCUGCAUCGACUAGAAUGAACUUGUUUGCCCCACUCUUGCUAAAUGGAACUUGCCACAAGGUUAACGACAUACAUUCAUUGUUCCACCAUGCAAUAACUAUUGUUAUGCACCUUCAUGCAAAGAUGAUGUUGUGGGCCGUUUUUUAGUGUGAACUCGUUUGCUUACAUUCUGUUUCCACCUCUUCUAUGUUAAAGCUGGGCUGGUGAACAAUUGCUCGCUUUGAACUUCUGUGGGAAAUAUAUUUCUGAUUGGACUCGUGCCAACUUGGGUUUGACUGUGUCAACAUGGUUCAUACUAUUCCUAACUUGUUAACUUCAAAGGCCUUGCCUAAUCGAUGUGUUGCAGGCUCCAUAGAUGUCUGCAUCAAUCAUUUUGCAUACAGGUGUAUUGCUCUUAGUUUUCACAACUUGCCACUCGGUGGUCCUUUUUAAAACCUCGAAGGCAAGAAGAUGCAGCCUUUUAAGCAUUGGCUGACAGUCCUACUAAUAAGCCACACAAAUACUUCGCGGCUAGUAGUAAGCUAACCUUGUGGGAAGCGGACUGUACAUUUUAUAGUCGGACUCACCUUCUGUGUUGCGUGCACACGGACGAUAUUCUUGUUCAGCAUAUACUAGGUGACGCUGUGGUCCGCCAUACAUGUAUAUAUGUGUAACUCUUAUCAAGUGUCCAAGUGGCCCAUUAGAUGGGGACUAAAUACUGUAGAAAUGAGCAUUCUCAUUUAUUUUUACAACAGCGUGGCGCCCUGCCAAAAUGUUUUCUCAAAUUAUAUUUGCAUGCUAUGCAUGGAGUGUAGUUGCGUCAUGAUCUGUCGUCUAUUUUUAUGUUUAACUUUUUCUUCUCUUUUUUUUCUUCGUUUUUGCAUAUUGAAGCAACAUACCUAGCUUUUUAAGAGCUUGCAACAUUUUUUUUUUUGUUUUUUUAAUAUAGAGAGUAAUACUACUCUCUGCAAAUGGUCCCAAGAGUGCUGGUAUUUGUCUGUCACAAAAACAUAUCCAAGACUUUCAGUUGCUUUAUCUUCUGCUUCCUCUAGACUUGCUUGCGAUCAGCAACAGUGGGACAAACAAAAAAUUUGCACAGUGUGCAGACUUCUCCUGCUGUGAGUGACUUGGCAGAUAAGCUUCGCUGACUUUGCGUAAGGACCCAGUCGUGUCUUGUUUUGUUACAAGAUUCUGUGUUGCAUGUAUGGAGCUUUUAUUUCUCAAACCGAACUGUUAUUGUGUGCUCCUAAAGAAGCCAUGGAGGCUAGUUGCAAGGAGUUCACUUUUCAUUUAGUUACAGUGGCUUGUUUCCUGUUUUUAAUUAGUACGAGAGAAUGAUCAUGUGUGAAUGUAAAGUGCUGCAGUUUUUGAGCUACAUAUUUUUAUGAUGUCUACUGGCUGGUGCUGUCAUCAACAGCGCAGUGUCCUGAACAAACGACGUAUUGUGUAACAUUUAUGUAAAUACAGAUGUGUACUUGUCAGUGAGCGGGUGUGUGCGACUCUUGCAAAAGCCACACAAAUGUAUUCAUUGCAAAAAACUGUGUGCCUCUCCUUCCCUUAAUAUCUGUUUUCAUUGUUUUUUUUCCAACCAUGACUUUAUGGUGGGAUAUUUUAGUGCUUUUUUAGUUAAGUGUGCCCUAGGUAGUAUGGCGGCAAAAAUGUGUUUAAAUGUUAUCUUAAAGUAUUAAUGUCUCAUAGUGAGCCAGCAGUGUGCAGGGUGUGAAGAUAGCCUUUAAUAUUCGAACCUGGAUGACUAAAUGAAAGGUCUUUGUGCUGUGCAAGAGAAAAAAAAAAGCGCUUGCAGAUUGUCUGUAGUAAAUUGAAUGUGCAUGUGAGUGAAUGGUGAAGUUGCCUUGCUGCUGUGAUUUUUCGUGCCGCCUUUUUUUUUGUGCGUGUUUUCUCCCACCCAAUAUCUGUUGAUGUCCCAGCUACAUUUAUGAAUGACAAUAAAAAUUGUUGACGUA